CACAAAUGGGCCUAACAAGCUUCAGACAAUCAUAGGACCAAAGCCCAGUAACAUAACCUGCAUAUAAAAUCCUAAAUCCAGCUACCAUUCCUCUCAUUGUUAGGGUUUUGGAGCUAGAGAGGAGCAGCUGAGCAAGGCCGGCUACAAUGUCGAAGAGAGGUCGUGGAGGUUCCGCGGGGAACAAAUUCAGGAUGUCACUGGGUUUACCGGUGGCAGCUACCGUCAACUGCGCCGACAACACCGGAGCAAAGAACUUGUACAUCAUUUCAGUGAAAGGUAUUGGUGCAAGGCUUAACAGGUUGCCAUCAGCCUGUGUGGGUGAUAUGGUUAUGGCUACAGUAAAGAAGGGGAAACCUGAUCUCAGGAAAAAGGUUAUGCCUGCUGUCAUUGUUCGUCAGCGUAAGCCGUGGCGCCGAAAGGAUGGUGUUUUCAUGUACUUUGAAGAUAAUGCUGGUGUUAUUGUGAAUCCCAAGGGCGAAAUGAAAGGAUCUGCUAUCACAGGUCCUAUUGGGAAAGAGUGUGCUGAUCUUUGGCCUAGGAUUGCAAGUGCUGCCAAUGCUAUCGUGUAGAAGAGUAGCCUUUCAGCAGUUUGAAAUUCUUGUUUUUGAUGGUUAAUUAUGUUUUUGGAUAUCAGAUUGUUGUCUCAUUAUGGGAUUGGUUUGAGAAUUUUGCAUCUAAAAUACAUAGCUAUUGCCUGUUCUUCUA